GACUUGCGACGAACAGUAAAAAAAAGUAUUCAGAAUGGCAACAGUACAAAAACCCUGCGGUGGCGAUCUCUUGAAGAUUGCCGGCGCUGUCCUUUUGCCCAAUUUGGCUGGCUAUGCGAAUGGACGUCUCACCCGUAAGAAUCUAGAGAAUUGGUAUGCUAACCUGAAGUUCCCGACUUUUAAGCCUCCCAAUUGGGUGUUUGCACCGGUUUGGACUUCGCUCUAUGCGGGAAUGGGUUAUGCCUCAUAUCUGGUUUGGCGUGAUGGCGGUGGCUUUAGCUCCGGAUCAGAAGCUCAACUACCAUUGUUGGCAUAUGGAACGCAAUUAGCCUUGAAUUGGGCUUGGACACCGAUUUUCUUUGGCAAACAUAAUAUUAAGGCGGCACUAAUUGAUAUCUUGGCGGUGACCACCACUGCCAGUGUCUGCGGUGUUCUGUUCUAUAAGGUCAAUAAGACGGCUGGCCUAAUCUUUGUGCCUUAUGUGGCCUGGCUGGGAUUCGCAAGUGCUUUGAAUUAUGCCAUCUGGAAACUUAACCCGGAGCAGGAGUCAACGGAUGAGAAGCCUUCCACUAGCGCUCAUGUUAAGCAAAAUUAAAACUCUUUUUGUUCAUUUUUUUUUAUUUAAAAUUUUUCAUUAACUCAUGGCAUAAAAUCGAGAGAUAGCAUAUAA